AUUAGAGCACCAUGUUAGACUGUAGAGCUCAGAGGUAGAGGCUGCGAAACACAGCUGAACAAAUUUGAUCUAACUUAAUGAACCCCAGUGCUGGUUUAGUUUUCGGUAUUUGUCAGUCACAUCCACGCAGUUGUAUUCCCUAAGGACUCUAAUUGUGCUUACUGUCCACAUUUUGGUGACGCGCAUUUGCGCACAAGCCUAUGGAAUACAGUUCGGUCACAGAUAGAUGAGAAUAUAUUUAUCGUGGUCAGCUUUGACUUGAUUUGAUUGCGUUUUAUAGUGGCUACGUUUGGUAAACACAAUCGCUUGCCAUGGAAUUAUUUCGGGCAUUAUUUCUGGCGACUUGGAUAAGCGGAGUGUGGGGAUGCCAGUUGCCCCACGAUUGGAGACCGCAGACUGAGGCUUGCCGCGCAGAGCUCGCGGAGAUAAUAGUUUUCGCUAAGGUGCUCGCGAUGCAUAAGGACUCGUACAGUGUUUAUAACUAUCUACCAUGGCAGUACGAUACGGACCUCUUCUUUUCUGCGGAAAUAGAGUUGCAGUGCGACCAGGCGUGGGGAAGCAUGCUGGAGGUUCCCGCUGGUUCCAGGUUCAAUGUGACCGGAUUGGGCUACUUCCCCUGCUACUCGUACAGCGUAACAGAGAACAACUCCUACUACUUUUUCCUUAGGAUGGAUGAGAACUACAGUAUCAUCCCCCAUGGCGUGAACUUCCAGGACCCCAUCUUUCCUGACACUCCGGAGAACAACCGCAUGUUUGCCAGCCUCUUUCAGUUCUCCAACUGCACGGCUGGCACCCAGGUCCACACAUACACCCCAGAGUGGGAGGCCCAGGAAGACAGCCGGCUGCUGUGUUCGACUGUGCAGAAGGCCUUGUUUGAGGAGGAAGAGCGAGUGAAGACUCUGUCCCAAAAAGUGCGUUUCCUGGAGAAGGCCAACAACCACCUGCGGGACAAGGUGAAGAACAUGAAGCGUCUACUGCGCCUGGCCAAACGGGAGACCAAAGACCAGGAGACCCUCAGCCUCAAGCAGCUCCACGACCCCCAGCCUCCACAGCCUCCACAGCCACACCCUCACCAGGACACCACCCAGGACCAGAAGAGACCCACCCUCAAAAAGACCCUGACCAAAAAGUUAAAGUGAUUCAAAACAGGCCGUUUAAAAUUACUUCCUUACCCACCACUGAAAACACACUUCAAACACAAACAUGUUGUGUGAGAUGACUGUCAGAGUGAAACACUUGUAAGUGAUGAUUGUCGUUGUUUUAUUGUCAGAAGUGCAAGAACGUGAUUAAGUUGUUUUUCACAUAUUUCAGUGUCAGAAUCCUACACAUAAACCUUUAGCAUUACAUAAGAAAUGUUUGGUAUUGUGAAUUAUGCAUUGAUUGUCAUUUUGUCCUGACUUUACUCUCUCAUCAUAUAUCCUCUCAUAAUUAACCAGUAAUGUGGCAGAUAAGCAUAAACAUCACAGACGCAAUUUUCCGUUCUGUCUCUACCACAGAAGAAGAAGCACGAUCAUGCCAUGAAAAUGUUGGUUUGGAUCAAAUCGUAUUUCCAACCACAAAUUCAGACAACGUUCAUGCCUCAUUCAAACACACCAAUCACUAAAAUGCUUCCUUUGGAUCAUGGCAUGUACUUUCAAUCCAUCAUUUCAUGCUCUUCCCAUAAACUCCAACUUUCACUGCCCUGUCAAACUACCCCAUCUUAUUUCCUACCCGCUCUACUUUGUCUGUCCUCCUACACCACUCUGUCUCUUUUCCUCUCACACAACACUUGCAGUAAAUGUUAGCCAUCAACAAUCUCAACAAGGUAUUGUGUUGAGGUUUGCCAGCGGGCCAUUCUCUCACCCUGUAAUUUGAACACACCUCUCAAUCCCAAAACAAGCAGGAGCAAAAGACUUUUCCAUUCUGCUGGCAGGGGUUUCCCAGCUAACAUUAGAGGCCAGUCUUAAGCCAGGUGAUGCUGCCAUGAUGCAACACGUUGUUGGGUAUCAGAGGGAAAGCCAAGGCAGGAAUAAGCUCUGAUGCCCUCAAGGCAGUGCUGUCGGUGCCAGGCCAAGGACCUCACACCACACUGCCAGUGUGACCAUCAAACCGAUUGCAUGGAUUACCUUUUUAUACUAAGAAGUACACAUUUGUUUUUCAUAUUCCAGUAUUUUACAAGGGUUUUUUAUUAAGUUUUACUGAGUGAAAAUUUUGUUUUUAUUUGAAACAGGGUGCUGAGCACUCAGUAUGUACAGCCACAACCCAAUGAGACGUGAGGUGGUGCAAUGAAAUGUUUCUCUGUGUCAGGACUGAGAGGAGUCCCUCGUUUCCUUUUAGAGUUGUGUUUGUCUUACAUGUUUAUUAUGUUGUCUUUAAAAAACAAAUGUCUGGUUUAUUUAACCAAGCAUAUUCACAUAUGAUUAAUAAUGAAAAAUAAACUAGUUGUC